AUGGUGUACCUUUCAGGUAUAGACCCGUCGCCCGCUUUAACACAGCCCGCAAUAAAAAACUACAUUUCCCCUGCCGUGCGAGUCGCGAAUCGCGCUCCUAUUGGCUGGCUCGUCCAGCCGCAGCCCCAGAGAAUGAAUGAAAUUGAAAUUGCUGGUAUAUUAGGACGCUUCAUGUACAAUACCGGGGAUCUGCAGCCUUACAUUGUAUCAUUCUAUAUCAAAAUGGCCACAGCGGUCCAAAACCCUCUGAAAUCGCAAUCGAGUGGAACCGUCAUAAAGAACAGUCUGGGUGAGGAGUUCUAUCGGGAGGCGAUUGAACACUGCAGGAGCUAUAACGCCCGUCUGUGUGCAGAGCGCUCCAUGCGCCUGCCUUUUCUGGACUCGCAGACAGGCGUGGCACAGAGUAACUGCUACAUAUGGAUGGAGAAGACCCACCGAGGCCCAGGUGUGGCUCCAGGUCAGCUGUACACCUAUCCAGCUCGCUGCUGGCGUAAGAAAAAGCGGUUAAACAUCCUGGACGAUCCACGUCUGGGGCCCAUCGAGUUCAAGAUAGACUACGAGGCUGCCCUGAAGAAAGAAGGAGGUGUUCCUGAGGGUCCUGUGCUGGAGGCUCUACUCAGCGGAGAGCCGCUAGACAAGAAGGUGGAGACCAAGGAGGAGGAGGCCAUGAGCGAGUGUCAGAAGCUGCUGGUGGGAGACUUCCCCCACGAACUGGAAGUAGAGGAGAUGGAGGAGGACGUUCCCAAGCGCAAGAACCGCACCAAAGGACGGGCCUGUGGCGUCGGUGGAAUGAGGAAGAGACAGGAGCCGGCCUCCUUAGAGGACAGAGACAAGCCAUACGUGUGUGACAUCUGCGGCAAGCGUUACAAGAACCGCCCAGGCCUGAGUUACCACUACACCCAUACGCACCUGGCGGAUGAAGAGGGCGAGGAAGACUCCGAGCGCCACACCCUUCCAUUCCAGCGCAAGAACAACCACAAACCCAAAAAAGCAGCAGACGGCUCAGUCAUUCCCAACGGUUACUGUGACUUCUGCCUGGGAGGCUCCAAGAAGACCGGCUGCCCAGAGGACCUCAUCUCCUGCGCAGACUGCGGCCGAUCAGGUCAUCCAUCCUGCCUGCAGUUCACAGUCAACAUGACAGCAGCAGUGAGAACCUACCGCUGGCAAUGCAUUGAAUGCAAGUCCUGCAGCCUGUGUGGCACCUCCGAGAAUGACGAUCAACUUUUAUUCUGCGAUGAUUGCGACCGAGGGUACCAUAUGUACUGUCUAAGCCCACCUAUGGCAGAACCUCCAGAAGGGAGCUGGAGUUGUCACCUGUGUCUGCGGCAGCUGAAGGAGAAAGCGUCUGCCUAUAUCACACUAACUUAAUCUCUAUGCCCUCUCCUGUUACACCCACCCAGCCUCUGCCUCCAUGAGCCCACCAACACUAACAUGGCAGAUCCAAAGAAACCCCCUCACCCAACCCCAA